UUAGGCUUCGCCUGCCACGGUAUCGCCGGGCUGAAGAACCACAUGUUUCAGCGCCAGCUAUUGAGUAAAGACCUCCUGGGGACAAGGAUGGCCAGACUGCUCUUGGAUGUGAGCGCUCCUCAGUGCUCCUGGGGCUGACGCCGAGCUGGCAGCCAUGGGGCUGGGCAGGCUCCAGGCCUGGAUGCUGGGCCUUCCUACGGCUGUGGUCUAUGGCUCCCUGGCUCUGUUCAUCUCUAUCCUGCACAAUGUGUUCCUGCUUUACUAUGUGGACACUUUUGUCUCAGUGUACAAGAUCAACAAAGCUGCCUUCUGGGUUGGAGAGACGGUGUUUCUCCUCUGGAACAGCCUCAACGACCCCCUCUUCGGCUGGCUGAGUGACCAUCAGUUCCUCAGCUCCCAGCCCCGGUCGGGCGCCGGGCUUUCCUCGAGGGCCGUGGUGCUGGCACGGGUGCGGGCCCUGGGCUGGCACGGGCCGCUGCUGGCGCUGUCGUUCCUGGCAUUCUGGGUGCCCUGGGCACCCGCUGGCCUGCAGUUUUUGCUGUGCCUCUGCCUCUAUGAUGGCUUCCUGACGCUCGUGGACCUGCACCAUCAUGCCUUGCUGGCUGACCUGGCCCUCUCUGCCCACGACCGUACCCACCUCAACUUCUACUGCUCCGUCUUCAGUGCAGCUGGCUCCCUCUCUGUCUUUGCCUCCUAUGCCUUCUGGAACAAGGAAGACUUCUCUUCCUUCCGCGCCUUCUGUGUGGCCCUGGCCACCGGCUCUGGGCUGGGCUUUAUGGGGGCCGCACGGCUGCUUGGGCGGCAGGUUGAGGCGGCUGGCAGGGAGCCAGAGUGCCCAGCCCUGGCUGUGAAUGGCGGCCUGUGCGGAGAGGAGCUGCUUACCGGCUGCCAGGACGCAGGUAGCAUCACUCUGAGCCAGUACCUCCAGCAGCUCGCACGCCACCGGAACUUCCUGUGGUUCGUGGGCAUGGACCUGGUGCAGGUGUUUCACUGCCACUUCAACAGCAACUUCUUCCCCCUCUUCCUGGAGCAUCUGUUGUCAGACCACAUCUCCCUCUCCACGGGCUCCUUCCUGCUGGGCAUCUCCUAUGUGGCCCCCCACGUCAACAAUCUCUACUUCCUGCCCUUGUGCCGGCGCUGGGGCGUCUACGCCGUGGUGCGGGGGCUCUUCCUGCUCAAGCUGGGCCUGAGCCUGCUCAUGCUGUUGGCCGGCCCCGACCGCCCUGGCCUCCUCUGCCUCUUCAUUGCCAGCAACCGUGUCUUCACGGAGGGCACCUGUAAGCUGUUGACUUUGGUGGUCACUGACCUGGUGGACGAGGACCUGGUGCUGAACCACCGCAAGCAGGCGGCCUCAGCUCUUCUCUUUGGCAUGGUGGCCCUGGUGACCAAGCCGGGCCAGACCUUUGCCCCACUGCUGGGCACCUGGCUGCUGUGCUUCUACACAGGUCAUGAUCUCUUCCAGCAGCCCCCACUGACCCCUGUGGGGAGUGCCCAGCCCUGGCCAGAGCCCCCGGCCCCAGCCCCAGCCCAGGCCCCAACACUCCGCCAGGGCUGCUUCUACCUGCUGGUGCUGGUGCCCAUCAUCUGUGCUCUGCUGCAGCUGUUCACUUGGUCCCAGUUCACACUGCACGGGAGACGCCUGCACAUGGUCAAAGCCCAGCGCCAGAACCUAUCACGGGCCCAAACCCUGGAUGUUAAGAUGGUGUGAGUGGCAGGUACAGCAAGGCCAACCUGCUGAGGACACUGUCGCAGCCCUGGGCAGGAGCCACUUUUGCCAGCCCCUCAUCCUGCUCCUCUACCUCCCUGGGGCACAGCCUGGAGGACAGAUGGCAGAGUGUGAGCUUCUGGGGCUGAGCCAGGAGCAUCACUGAGGUCUAAGUUCCGGCUUGGCUGUCUGGCCCAGCUUGGGCAAGGGCUGGGCUCUAUGUGCUCAGGGACCUGCUUCCCCCCGUGGGGCAGGAGGAAGAGGACCAAGAAGGGAUGGGGCUACUCUGUGAUCACAUGGGGUUGCUGCAGGGCAUGAAGGCCUGUUCCAUCACCUGGUUGGGGCUGGUGCUGUGUGUGGGCUCAGAAGCCACUUUCACCCACUCAGGGGAAGCUGUGAGUCCCACCGCCCCCUCCCUCCACGUUUCCAGUGGUUUCUCUGACCUCUCUGCUUCAGUUGUGCCUAAAGUAUUGUGCUGCUGCAGGGCUCCCCCACCCCCACCUGAUCUCUCAAAGAGGUUUAUAUCAUCACAGACUGAUUAAAGUCAGUCAUUUCUGUUCCCGUUCCUGAGGUCUGUGCUAUGCGCAGGAGUGGUGGGUUGGUGGGGUUGGGGAACAGGAUUCCUCACUUAAUAGGAAAAGCACCCCGAGAACAUUUUUCUGCAGAUGAGUUGGUGGGGGUGGGGGUCACCCUCAUCAGAGUCACUGAGGUAGCGGGGAGGGCAUGCAGACCAGGCUGCAUGGGCAUUUGUGAGCAAAAUGACUUGCAGGCCUACGGUCAUGUCCUGGUGCAUUUCCCAUGCACCACUGCCAGACAUGGUGAGCAAGGAAAAGCAGCUGCUUCCAAGAGGUCUUCAACCCUGGAGUCACUGGGAGCUUUCAAGAAUGCUGAUGUCUUGAAUUAUCUUCCCCAAGAUUCUGCUGUCAUGGGUUCUAGGCUAUGGCCUGGGCACGGAGGUUUUGGGAAGCUCUGAUUUUCCUGUGCAGCUGGGAUAGAACACCUGUGCUCCAGGCCAGCAUUUCUCAACCUGGAGACAUUCGGAGCCGGAUAGUCCUUUGUUGCGAGUAUUUAAAGCAGCAUCCCUGGCCUCUGCCUAGAUGACAGUAGCAGUUCCCUACAGUUGUGACAACUAAAUGUCCCCAGACAUUGCCAGAUGCGUCCCACUUGAUUGGGACCUACUGCUCAAGGCCAGUGGUUUUUGAGGGUCUGUGUAGUGGCUAAAAAUUGAGGCUCUAGGGCUAUAUCGCCUGGGUUCAAAUCCUAGCGAAUAAAGGGCAGAGCUU